AACGCAGGGAGGAAGGAAACAAAAAAAUCUGCUGCGGCUUGCUGUCCUAACUGAACAGCAAAAGCACCCAAGACAGGCAGCACGCUGAAGCUGUACUUGGCUGAGAGAAAAAUUCAUCCACCUUUCCACCUUCCCCUUUAAAUUACUAUCUGCUUUUCUCUUUUUUAUUACUUCAUAUUUUUUUAGAGGGUUGAAUUAAUUCUGAGAGGUCUGCCGUCUCUCAGCCUUGAUGGCUUUACCUGAUACAGCCCGUGGAUUACCCAAUGGAGGAGGUGGUGGCUGUGCUGGAGGCAAAGUCUUGGACUCUUUGUUUCCCGAAAUUGUGGAGCUAAAUGUUGGGGGGCAAGUAUAUGUGACCCGUCAUACGACUCUUGUGUCCGUACCAGAUUCUCUUCUCUGGCGUAUGUUCUCCCAGCAGAAACCUGGGGAAUUGGCACGGGACAGUAAGGGCCGCUUCUUUCUUGACCGUGAUGGUUUCUUAUUUCGUUAUGUCUUGGAUUACCUGAGAGACUUGCAGUUGGUAUUACCAGACUACUUCCCAGAAAGAAGUCGCCUACAGAGGGAAGCUGAGCACUUUCAGUUGCCUGAACUUGUGAAGCGUCUGAACCCUCUGCGUGUCAGUAAAGAGAGCUCUAUUGGUGGAGAAGAACCACCUUUGCUUCUUACCCCAGCUAAUAUUCAAGAUCCAGACAUAGACACAGGCAUCAUUCCAGCCUCAACUUCACCAGCUGCUGGGGUUCCAUCCCCAACAUUAGAUCCAUACCGCUUCAAUGCUUCCUCUUCUUGCAGUCCAGCCUCCGUCCCACGUCUCACCCCUUCACAGUCUUUGGAAGGAAGAAGAUCUGGGUAUAUAACUGUCGGCUAUCGAGGUUCCUAUACAAUUGGACGGGAGGCACAAGCAGAUGCCAAGUUUAGAAGGGUGGCCCGCAUCACUGUCUGUGGAAAAACAUCCCUGGCCAAAGAAGUUUUUGGAGAGACCUUAAAUGAAAGCAGGGAUCCCGACAGGCCUCCAGAGAGGUACACUUCCAGGUACUACCUCAAGUUCAAUUUUCUGGAACAGGCUUUUGACAAGCUGUCUGAAGCUGGUUUCCACAUGGUGGCAUGCAGCUCCACUGGGACCUGUGCUUUUGCCAGCAAUGACCAGAGCGAGGACAAAGUCUGGACAAGCUAUACUGAGUAUGUGUUUUGCAGGGACUAAAAUCAAGCCACAAAAUCCACAAAGGAAAGAAUCAUUCCUUCAAAUCCCAGUUCCCCUUUGAAGAAAAAAAAAGUUCACUUUAAUAUUAUAUGUGCAUAGAACUGGUGGAUUGUCUCUGUUCCUGGACUCUUAAACAAACUGGCGAGACACUCCCGGGACACGAGUACAUCUUUAAAAAGUAUUAAUAAUAGAAUCAUACUAACAUCUGCUUUUAGGUUGUUUAGUAAAAUGACAGAUUGCAACACAGGAACGAUAUUACUAAACCCAAACAACACUUUUUCAUGAACCAAUCAAAAGAGACAAAAUAUAUUGAAUGUUAACUCCUUCCUGCUUGAAUUUGGCUGUAUGGAGCUUGCCAAAUCACCCUUAAUGGCAUAUUUUUUUUUCUAUUGUUGUGGAGAUCUCCAAUUUAAAUGAAAAAAACACCGUAAUUUCUUAUCUUGCUCCAAAUGUUUAAAUGUCUGUCAUAAAGCCGGCACUGUAAAGAUAAGUAUCGUCAUCUUUAAUAAAAUUCAAGCCAUUGCUAGAGAUGCCAAGAUGUUAGUUGCACCUUGUAUAGCUUCAUUAACAACCUAUAAUAAAAUCACCCUUAAACAUA